UGCAUAUCUAUACAACGCUACAUAUAUAUAUGUGUGUGCAUGUCUAUAUAUAUGUAACGUCUUUCCUUCUAAACACUCAUCCCGUGAGGAAACAUUCAAUAGUUCUCUCUCUCUUCAUCCCACUCUCCCUCGUUCAUUUAAUCAUUUCUCUGCUUUGAAUUGAAUUGCCAGUACAGCAUGAGCAUGUCUUCUUUUGAUCACAAGCCAUCGGCUGUGCCACUGGUCCCAUUCUCCGGCGAGGAUGCUGUCCAGGAAACUCUCUUGCCAUUGAGUAAUAUGCGGAAAAUUCCCCAAAAUCUCCCUCUUCUCCAUUGUUCGGGUCCGUAUAUGAUCGACUCCCUCUGUUCGAUUCUGGAGAAGGCUUCAAGCUUGGAACCUGAGGUCGGGUGCACGCACCCUCUGAUGUACAAAGGAACCUGCCUCGCGUGCAAAGAGUGCAUGGGCGACUGGUGCGGUCUUCAGCUGGACUAUCUCGAGCCGGGGUUUAGGGUUGGCCGAAAGGAGGUUGGGCAAUUGCGUGAGAGUAUAUCCCGGAAUCUGCUUGGCACAAGGAAGCUCCACCUCAUCUUGGAUCUAGACAACACGUUACUCCACACUAUCAGCUGCUCUGCCUUGAUCCCAGAUGAGCAGCACCUCCUUGCAGAAUGUCAUGUUCCGGGAAAGACCACGGGCGACCUGUUUGUCGACCCUAAGGGCAUAAAGAUCACUAAGUUACGACCUUUCGUCCUCUCACUCCUCAGAGAGGCAAGCACCAUGUUCGACUUGACCCUUUAUACGACGGGAACACGGUCCUAUGCUGACAGGAUGGUGCACUUGCUUGAUCCUGAAGGUUGCUAUUUUGGGAAUUGGGUAAUCGCCAGGUCGGACUUAACAAGCAACUACAAGAGCCUCGACAAUGUUCUCGCCAAGGAGUACUGCACACUAAUCCUUGAUGACGACUCUGAGGCUUGGCCCAAGCACACGACGAAUCUUAUACCGGUGGAGCCAUACAAUUACUUCUUCAAUGAUCGGAGCACUUACCGUAAAGAUUGCCCUCCGCAGAAUCCCGACGGCGAAGGUGAAAGACCCCACCUGGCAAUUAUCCUUGAUGUUCUCAAGGCCAUCCACCAGCGCUACUUUGAUCAAUACGACCAUGGAAAAGGAGGGUUGGUUGACGUCAGGACGGAGCUCUUGUCACUGCGCCGAGAUGUUCUCAAGGGUUGCCGAAUUUUCACUGGAAGAGCCGAUUGGGUAACAGAGAUGGCAAGACAGUUGGGCGCAACAAUUGUCUGGGAGCCGUCCUCGUCGGUCACACACGUGAUUUCUGAAAGCAGUACCUGCACUUAUGCUCGAUGGGCAUUGCAACAGAACAAGUUCCUUGUCCACCCCGAAUGGGUCUUUGCUGCAUAUAGGCUAUGGAAGAGGCCGGCCGAGCAUGAGUUUCUGCUGAAAGCUCCCAGGAAAUACAGAGGGUGGUGAAGAUACGUUGGAUCGGGAUCAACUAUAUAUCUUCUUCUUUAUUUGAUUUAUUUCAUUUUUUUAGAUGCUUUAGAUAAUUUGAAUCUCUACUCCAAGUUCCAACUUAGGUCGUCGAACUGAUUUAUUAUGUAUGAUGAAAACAUAAAAAGGAAAAUCAAUAGUAUUCUU